CCGUUCACGCCAAAUCCAAUUUUGAAUCCAGACAGCGCCACACAGCCAACCUCAGCACGUGCCUGAAUCCAAAUUCAAAAUUCUCUGACAAUAAUCCUCUUCCCCAAAGCACAACUUUCAUCUCUUACCUUUAAAAAAAAAAAAACCUGUUUCACUUUAGCAACCUCAACAGAGCAAAGGCACUUAUAAAACCUUAAACAGACAUAGCUUUCAACUGCUGUUGCUCGUGUAAAUGGCAACGCGCUAUAAGUCGUACGAUUCACGCCCCUCCACCUCCUCUUAUUUCUCUGAUCCCUCGGCAUCUAUAGAGCUGAACAAUUCCUCUUCUUCCUCUCGAGCCAUUGUGAAAUCAAAACCAUUGGAUGUAGGUCAAGGCAGCCGCGGCGAGACCAAGGCCGCUGACCACAACUUGACGAACAUGGUGAAGAGAUUUAUGGACAAGAAAUCCACAAAGAAGACAAUAGGGCAGCUGGUCAUUCCAUCCGAUGUCCUAGCUGAGGAUCUCAAGAAGACUGCAAGGAAGGGUGCUGCUUUCACGGCGUUGCAGAGGAAGCUGUUCGGGAAAGGCUCAGCCGAUAAGGACAGGGACAAGGAGGAGGUGAAAGCCUUGACAGAGGUUAAAGGGAAUACCAGGACGUUGGCCAUGGUUUUGAGAAGUGAAAGGCAGCUCUUGAGUUCCAAUAAAGAGCAGGAGAUGGAGAUUGCUGAGCUCAAGCUUCUGCUUCAAGACAAGAACAGAGAGGUUGAGAAGCUGAAAGAUUUGUGCUUGAAACAGAGAGAAGAGAUUAAAUCAUUGAAAAGUGCAAUUUUGUUUCCGGAUGUCAUGAAUUCUCAGCUUAAAGAGCUUGUAGAAAAACAGGGUUCAGAGCUGACACUAGCCAAACAACUAAUCCCAACUCUCCAAAGACAGGUGACUUCUCUUACAGGACAACUCCAAUGCCUUGCCCUGGACCUUGCUCAGGUGAAGGCAGAUAAGCAUUCUACCAGGGCAUGUCACCAGCGGCAUGGCAGCUCCCCCAGGACAUCCAGAUAUGAUCCUUCUGAUUUUUUGGAAUUCAGUUCUGGCGAUCCAACAACCCCUGGUAGUCCAGGUGACUUAUUCCUCGAAGAUUUAAAUCCCUGUUUAACACCUUAUUUUGCCAAGACAAAAUCCAAGGAAUUUAAUGAGAUUGGCUAUGACUUGCCACAUGAUGAAACCUUAUCUGAGAACAAUAAACAAACGUUCAAUGAGCUUGGAUUCAGUUUUUGUAGCAAGAAGUUGUCCAGAAGUUCAGAUUGCUACCGGGAUUCCAAUAGAGGAAGCUCCAUGGCCCGGAGCAGUCGCAGAUCAGAUGAAAGCACAGGCUUAGACCAAAAGCAAAUGCAUCAUAAACCUUUCUAAUUGCUUGGUGGCACUCAGUUGAGCAUUUCUUUUGUUUGUCCUUUUUGGAAGAUUAUGGAUCGUAGUUUUGGUUUGAGUCAAACUUGUUAGCUCAAGGUGUACACGGAAUGAUUUAAGCGAUAAGGGGUAGAAAUUUUAUUAAGUUCUCGUUGCGGAUCAAUUAUGGUUGUGGGCUACAUACAAUGUGAUGUCAAUGAAAUGUAAUAGUAAUUUCGUUUCAAUGUUUAUAGAAUAAACUAUUUUGAGUAAAAAGUAGUAGCCAAAUUAUUCUGUAUUAUUUACCAAGUGUAAGAGGUAGUACAAUUUCCUAGCCCUAAGGCCGUUAAUCAGCUCGACAAUACGCUGCCUUGCCUGGAUGAGUGGAGAACUGGAGAUGCAUUUUCAUUCUCCACUUCCUCGAUAGUGUAUCAAAGAGUGUCAAAGCGUUCUCUAACUAUGGGAGCCCCUA